GCAAAAAAGAGGAGCCUUGGUGGAAAAGGUUAGCUCAGGGCUAAUCUUCCUCAGGGAAAAAAAAAAAGGAGUAAGAUGGCUGGAGGGCAAUCCUAUGUACCUGAGGCAAUAUUGUGCUUCUCGGCAUUUACUUCAUCUUUAAUUGGAAAUGCCAAGUAGUCUAUUCAUUAUUUUUAGUAGUUAAUAUUCUUAUUUAGUAUGCACUUAUUAGUAUACAUUAGCAAUUUUAAAACAUUUCAACAAAACAAAAUUAUAGUCAAAAUUUUAUUAUCUCGCGUGGAGUUAAUUCCUUUCUUAGGAUUCCCAGGACACUUUAGGGUGCAGCUCUAUAACCCAAAGAAAAUGUAGGUGCAGCUACACAAUGAAUGAGGACCAUUGGGACAGUCACUUGUGAUAAUUCAGUCAGAGCAAAAUGUUUGGCCUCUCAAGUGGAAAACUGCUUCUGGUUUGCAGUGGCUCUGAGAUGAGUCUUAAGAGAAUGAACUCACUUCACAUGGCCAGCUCCCUGCCAAAGCACUCUACUCCAGGAAUAAGAUGUUUAAUCCUUUCAAUUCAAUGACUAUAGCAGCGAAGAAAAGAGACAAUGAUUCCCAACAGAGCUAAACCACAUGUAAAAAACAAGGAGAAUGUGCCAGGCUGUCUCAUGAUCAAGUAUUUAUAGUAAAGCUAUUAAUGGAAUGGCAACUCCAGGGGAGUGGAGAUCCUAAAUAGAAAUGAAAAUUCUGAUGCACUCAUCUUCAACAGCAAGAACUUCAGUGCCGUCCUAAAGGACAUAACAGAGGUAAAAAGCCUUUGGAAGUCUGUCCUCAUUUCACAUGGAUAAUUACACCAGCGACGAAGACGGAGAUGAUGACUUUGACACCCAGCUCAUCAUUCAACAGAGUUUACAGGAUAUUCACAAGCCAGGAACUACACAGCAGGCACCUGAGGAGGAGAGCUUCCAUUCCUUUGUGAGCACUGACUGGAAGAAGAUAGUUGAAACAAUAGAGACAGGUAAGGAAGAUGCCUUGUCACACUUGACCAAGUACCGUUCUGCUUUUGAUGAAGCAGAUAGGAUAGGCUGGCUUCCUCUGCAUAAGGCUGCAGUGCAAUUAAAUAAGAACAUUUUGGAAAUAACUCUGAAAGCUUCGAAACCCAGUGUGUGGGAGCAAACCACCCACGAUGGUGAAACGCCACUUUUUUUGGCUGUCAGCAAUUGCCUUUUAGAAAAUGCCAAUUUUCUUCUUCUCAAUGGCUGCAAUCCGAAUGCCAAGAAUUUCGAAGGCAAUUCUCCUCUUCUUACAGCUGUGCUACAUGAUUCCUAUGACAUGGCCUCCUUGCUGAUCAGUUAUGGGGCGGAUGUCAAUCUGCGGUGUGCCAAUGAGAGGACAGCGCUCCACGAAGCAGCCAAACUGGGCAGACGGGAUAUGGUGAAGCUUAUGCUGGUUUCGGGGGCGCACCCUGACCCACGGAGCUCCUAUGGAUUCACUCCUCUGGCUCUUGCUGCCCAAAGUGGACACACUGAAAUCAUGGAAAUAUUACUGCAGAAAGGAGCUAAUGCUCUUGGUCAGGCCUCUGAUUCUUCUUCCAUCUUACUUGAAGCCGCUCGUGGAGGAAAUCCAGACUCUGUGACUCUCUUGCUGGAGCAUGGAGCUGAUGCCAACAUCCCUAAGAAUUCAGGCCACCUGCCCAUUCAUGUGGCAGCUGACAGAGGCCAUUUAUUAGCUCUAAAGACUUUGGUUCCAGUUACGGAUUUUGCUGCCAUCAAGCGGAGUGGCAUCAGUCCAGUUCACUGUGCAGCAGCAGGAGCACAUGCUCAAUGCCUGGAACUUCUCAUUCAGGCUGGAUUUGAUGUAAAUUUCAUGCUAGAUCAGAAAAUUCGCAGACACUAUGAUGACCACAGGAAGUCAGCUUUGUAUUUUGCUGUAUCAAAUGGCGACCUCUCUUCAGUUAAGUUGCUUCUGAGCGCUGGAGCUCUGCCUAAUCAAGAUCCAGUUAACUGCCUCCAGAUAGCCCUAAGGAUGGGCAAUUAUGAGCUGAUAAGUCUGCUGCUGCGGCAUGGGGCCAACGUCAAUUACUUCUGCAGAGUCAACCCUUUACAUUUCCCAUCAGCACUGCAAUACACACUGAAAGAUGAAGUCAUGCUCAGGAUGCUGUUAAAUUAUGGGUAUGACACAGAGCGAUGCUUUGAUUGUCCUCAUGGAGACAAAGUACAUCCCUCCUAUACUUUUGAAGGCUGGACAUCUACAGUUAUCAAAGAUACUAUGUUCUGUGAAGUAAUAACUUUGUCAUGGCUGCAACAUCUGUCUGGAAAGGUUGUUCGAGUGAUGCUUGAUUACGUUGAUCAAGUUCGGAUCUGUUCAAAGUUGAAAGCUGUGCUCCAAAAACAGGGACUCUGGUCAGAAAUCCAUUUUAUCUUGACAAACCCUCGCUCCCUAAAACAUUUGUGCCGCCUAAAGAUCCGGAAGUGUAUGGGACGUUUACGUUUGCGCUGCCCUGUCUUCAUGUCAUUUCUUCCUUUACCCAAUCGUCUAAAAGCAUAUAUCCUUUACGAAGAAUAUGACCUUUAUGGACAAGGAAUUUUCACAGGAACCUGGUAAUCCAACCAUUUUGGAUGAAAAGCUACCACCCUGUUCAGACCCUCAGUUCACGCCUGAACUAUGAGAAUGGACUCCUACACUUCCCCAGAUACUGCCAUCUAGUCAACCAUUUCCUAAGACAAGUCUUCUCCCAACCACACUGCAGUACGGACCCACCUGAUUCCUUCGAGUCCUCUGCACCCUUGGGUUCUGCCAGUGUCUAGACUGCACCUAUGGUUACAUCUACACUGCGGAAUUUAUCUGGUUUGAUACCCUUGCUACUCAAAGCAUAACUGGCAAAACUAAGAGUUCAGGCCACCUCACCCCAAACCUACUGAAUCAUAGUACAUAUUUUAACAAGAUCCGCAGGUUGUUUGUAUGCACAUUUCAGUUUUCUAUUAUUCUCCAUCAAGAACAUUCAACUCCAAGUACACUACUAGUUUCAUAAACAUACCAUUUCUGCAUAUGUGCUUUUGUUUUUAUUGUCUUAUGUGCAAUGUCCUCUCUUUUCCUCAAAACAUGGACACAUCCCACCUGGCUCAGGUUUCCACCAUCUCCACAGUUUUCUCUAAAAACUAAAGUCCACGCUGAUCUUAAUGUUCUCAAAUCUUAAGCUUUUAGUCAUUGCCAUACACUUUCAA